GAAGAAGACGAUUAAGAUAUUUACAAUAUUUUCUUGCUACAUUAAAUACAAAAGUAGAUGUUAUGCUUCUUCCUACUGGAUAUAAUUCUAAUCAAUCUCCUUCUACUGAAAAAUUUUGUGAUUAUGAUCAAUGUUCAAUUUUAUUAGAUACUGAAGAUUCAUGA